GCCAUUUUGUUCAGUACUGGUUGGACGCGUAUGCGUCGCGCUUCGUCCGUCGUAGCGUCGAGAUUUUCAUGGCGCGUGUCUUUAAUGACUGUCAACAGAAAUAAUAAUAAUUCUAUUAGUUCAAUCAAAGUUUUUGAUAUGAUUGUGUGUGAUUAGUGUUAAUUCAGGAUGAAGAAGUCUAGAUAUUCGAAGAUAAGUGUGUUCUUCGUAUAGUAUUACGAAGGUUAGAAAGAAGUAGAGAAAUUCCUCAAAGAAACAAGGGACAAGGAUACAAAGGGAAAAACAGGACAACGAAUGUCUGCUGCUGCUGCCGUUGUUGCUGUUGAAGGAUCCUAACAUAAAUCGUAAUGGAUCGCAAAAACAACGUCUAUCAUUGGGACGUUGAUAAAAAAGCGAUUCAUAAAAUGAAUAAAGGAAUAUUAUUAUUAUCUCGGGUAGAAGAGAGAGAAGUGCUGUUUGUACAGGAUUAGAAUAACAAUUCGCAAACAAUGCAUACUCCAGCUGAAACUGAGAAAUUAUCCCAACCUGGGAUGUUAAAUCUUGGGUCUCAGGAACCGGUCACUUCAUCUGAAGUGAGCCAAGUCAUCUUAUCCGCAUCUCAUCCAGAGACACACAUAUUUACGAAUAGCAUGCUAUGUAUUCAAGAAGAGUUGGGUCAACUAAGCGGAAUCGCAGGAGGUCCAAUAAUUAAUGAUACAAAAAUUCAAAUAAACGACAGCAAUCAAACGAAUUUGGAUAGCAACAGUAAUAGCAGCGAAUUCGCAACUAAAUGUACUUCAGGAUCUGUUACCUUAGAUGCUCAAAGAUCAAGCUGGGUCGAAGGAAUAUUAGGAUGUAUGCGACCUGUUUGGACUAUGCUAUCUAAGGCUGCUGUUAAUGAAAAAAUUAAAGGACACCAAACUGAUGAUUGGGAAAUACCAUUUGAAUCUAUUAGCGAACUCAAAUGGUUAGGUUCUGGAGCUCAGGGUGCAGUUUUUAGUGGAAAAUUGAACAAAGAGGUAGUAGCUGUUAAGAAAGUAAGGGAACCACGUGAGACUGAUAUACGGCAUUUACGAAAAUUAAAUCAUCCGAAUAUAGUACAAUUUAAGGGAGUGUGUACACAAGCGCCAUGCUAUUGUAUAAUUAUGGAGUAUUGCCCAUAUGGACCUUUAUACGAUUUAUUAAGGGAUGGGGAACCAGUCCCUCCUCCAAGAUUAGUAUCUUGGUCAAAACAAAUUGCAGCAGGGAUGGCUUAUCUUCAUUCGCAUAAAAUUAUUCAUCGAGAUCUCAAAAGUCCAAAUGUUUUAAUUGGCCAAGGUGAGGUAGUGAAAAUAAGUGAUUUUGGAACAAGCAGAGAAUGGAAUGAAAUUAGUACCAGAAUGAGUUUCGCUGGAACGGUUGCAUGGAUGGCUCCAGAAAUAAUUAGAAAUGAACCUUGUUCUGAAAAAGUCGAUAUAUGGUCCUAUGGCGUUGUACUUUGGGAAUUAUUAAGCGGAGAAGUACCUUACAAAGAUGUUGAUUCAUCGGCUAUUAUUUGGGGCGUAGGAAACAACUCUCUUCAUUUACCUAUUCCAGCAAGUUGUCCAGAAGGAUAUAGAUUAUUAGUUAAACAAUGUUGGGCUGCUAAACCUCGUAACAGGCCUUCCUUUAAACAUAUUGAAAUUCAUCUUGGAAUCGCAGCUGUGGAAGUGCUUUGUACAAAAUCUGAUGAAUAUUUUAAAACUCAACUAUCUUGGAAAAAAGAAAUAAGAGUCCAUAUGAAACAAAUGCAAUCGAAUAGCUCUAGUAGUCCUCGAUUUGAAGCUGAUCUAAUUAGGCGAAGAGAAGAUGAAUUAAGGCAUGCUCAGGAUAUAAGAGAACAUUAUGAACGUAAACUCGAACGUACUAAUAAUCUUUAUUUAGAACUAAGCGCUGUAUUAUUGCAACUGGAACAGCGUGAACGAGACGUAAUAAAAAGAGAACAACAAUCGGGAUAUAAACAAUGCAAAAAACGUAUAGUACAUCCACUUUUGAAAGCACAGGAAAGAUUAUAUCGUAGAAGAAAUCCAACAAUACAAUUUUCAACCUCUUCAACUCCUACAACUCCAUCAUCUCCUGUUGAUUACCCAAUAAAUCCUCCUAAAGUAACUACUCUUACGCAGUUGAAUGAAGCCAAUCAACCAGAAACUGUACUAGCAUCAAAUAUUAAUAAUUUUAAACAAUGGAAAUAUAGACAUCGAAGAGUGGGAUCUGGUUGUGGAGCCAGUUGUAGUCCUAAGUCGAGUCCUCUUCGUGAAAGAAAGAGCAAUGAAAUAAUGGCAAGACUCGUUGAUAAUCAGACUCAAACAGAUAUGACGGAUAUGAGUGGAAAUUUAGUGAAUUCGAUUAAAAACUCAAUAGAUUGUUCAGAAAAAUUUUCAAUAGAUGGUACCGAUAAAAAAUCACCCAUGGUUGAAAACUCUAUGGAAUAUUUCAAUGGGAAUCCAAUAUUAUGUGAAACUCAUUGUAAAAUGCAGUCUAGUUCUUGUUCUAGUCCAGACCAUGAGCAAGAAAAUAAUACGAAUGGAAACGAACGAUUGGCAGAUUGCAGUGACGAUGAUAAUCUUGAGACUCUCGGAAGAAAAGUAACAGAAAUUAUAAAUGCUAAUCGUCUUAUUUCACCCAUAGAUAAUGGGAAUUGUGAUGAAGUAAUAAAAUCACACAGUAGAGGUAAAGACGAGACUACGAAACUGCCAGUGAACUAUUGUUCUGUUGCGAGUACUUUAAAUAUAUCACAGGAACAAUCUGAGAAUAGAAUGAGAUCAUGUUCGGAAUUUGUAAAUACUCUAUGCAAUCACGAAGAUGAUGCUUGUGACGAAAGUUGGUCGGACGAAGAAGGAGAAGACCCUAAUUAUAGUUAUAAUUUUUCUCUUAGACGUAGAAGUAUUGCAAGAAGGCCGAUUGGCCCAGGCUCUAGAUUAAGAAGAUUUAAGCAAGCAACCCUUAGAAUAGAAGGAGUAUUGGCCUCUGACGAGGAGAAUACUUCAGAAUAUUCACACCCUCCGUCCAGUCAAUCCUCUACAUUAGAAAGUAAUCCCGAUGUUCAAAGGGUCCUUCGCAAUAUUCAUCAUUCACAAAAGAGAAAAGGAAUACAUGAUGGUACGGAUUCUUCGAGUCAGUCGGAAACAGAUGAAGUCAGUGAGAUUACUAUUGCAUCUCAACCAAACAAUACUAAUAUAAUGAGGUUGAAAAGUAACGUAUAGUUCGUAUUAGCAUCAUUUUUAAAUUUUAUUUAAAAAUGAUUUCUAAUAUUAAAAUGUCACCUGCAAUAUUGAUCAUUAUUUAAGUAAUCAUGUUUCAUGUAUUCUUAUUUUGUACAGCUUAUAUUACGUAUUGCAGAUGCUUGUCUAUUUCAGGGUAUUUCUUAGAUUGUAUUCGCCAUGCAUAAUUUCUAAGUUAAAUUAAAUCAUAAAUCUUCAGAUAUAUGUAUGUAUCUAGAUCGUACAUAUUUAGAUCAUACUAAAGAAAAAUAAGAAGACAUCUUAUUAAAAUAGGAAUAACAAAUUAUACAUAUAAAAAAAAAUAGAAAAUGAUAUCAGGACAGGAAUUUAAAA